CUGCGCCGUCCGCCCGUCCGUCUACCCGCAGGCACUGCCGGAGCCAGCCGAGCCGCCGGAGCCGCGGGCCGCGGGGGCGUCGCGGGCCCAACCCCAGGAUGCUCCCCUUUGCCUCCUGCCUCCCUGGCUCUCUACUGCUCUGGGCGCUGCUGCUGUUGCUCUUGGGGGCAGCCUCUCCCCAGGAUUCUGAGGAGCCGGACAGCUACACGGAAUGCACAGAUGGCUAUGAGUGGGACCCAGACAGCCAGCACUGCCGGGAUGUCAACGAGUGCCUGACCAUCCCUGAGGCCUGCAAGGGGGAAAUGAAAUGCAUCAACCACUAUGGGGGCUACUUGUGCCUUCCCCGCUCGGCUGCUGUCAUCAAUGACCUACAUGGCGAGGGACCCCCACCACCAGUGCCCCCCGCUCACCACCCCAACCCCUGCCCACCAGGCUAUGAGCCCGACGAACAGGAGAGCUGUGUGGAUGUGGAUGAGUGUGCCCAGGACCUGCAUGACUGUCGUCCCAGUCAGGAUUGCCAUAACCUGCCUGGCUCCUACCAGUGCACCUGUCCUGAUGGCUACCGAAAGAUCGGGCCAGAGUGUGUGGACAUAGAUGAAUGCCGCUACCGCUACUGCCAGCACCGCUGCGUAAACCUGCCUGGCUCCUUUCGCUGCCAGUGCGAGCCGGGCUUCCAGCUGGGGUCCAACAACCGCUCCUGUGUGGAUGUGAACGAGUGUGACAUGGGGGCCCCAUGUGAGCAGCGCUGCUUCAACUCCUACGGGACUUUCCUGUGUCGCUGCCACCAGGGCUAUGAGCUGCACCGGGAUGGCUUCUCCUGCAGUGAUAUCGACGAGUGCAGCUACUCCAGUUACCUCUGCCAGUACCGCUGCGUCAACGAGCCAGGUCGUUUCUCCUGCCACUGUCCACAGGGCUACCAACUUCUGGCCACACGCCUCUGCCAAGACAUUGACGAGUGCGAGUCGGGGUCGCACCAGUGCUCUGAGGGCCAAACCUGUGUCAACUUCCAUGGGGGUUACCGCUGCGUGGACACCAACCGCUGCUUAGAGCCCUACAUUCAGGUGGCCGACAACCGCUGCCUCUGUCCGGCCUCCAACCCCCUGUGUCGAGAGCAGCCCUCGUCCAUCGUGCACCGCUACAUGAGCAUCACCUCGGAGCGGAGUGUGCCUGCAGACGUGUUCCAGAUCCAGGCGACCUCCGUCUACCCCGGCGCCUACAAUGCUUUUCAGAUCCGUUCCGGAAACUCGCAGGGGGACUUUUACAUCAGGCAAAUCAACAAUGUCAGCGCCAUGCUGGUCCUCGCUCGGCCGGUGACAGGCCCCCGGGAGUAUGUGCUGGACCUGGAGAUGGUUACCAUGAACUCCCUCAUGAGCUACCGGGCCAGCUCUGUACUGAGACUCACCGUCUUCGUGGGGGCCUACACUUUCUGAGGAGGGGGUGGGAACCCUCAUAAGGAGGCCACCCUCCCCACAACCCCCUAUAGCCAAGGAGCCUGGGGCUCAGCAAUGACUGUUUUGCUACAAGGGAAGAUGUUGUCAAGGGCAGAAAGAGAAAGGCAAUAA